AUGGCUACCUUCGAUGAAUUAUCUAGCAAAAUUGAACAAGUAGUAUUUAAAUGCCUAUCUGAUUCACAAGAGGAGACAGAAGAUAAUAUUAGAAACUUACUGGCUCCUCUUGUUAACAAUAAAGAGACUCUUGAAUUACGUAAAUUAACUCUAGAACAUGUAAUUAAAAAAAUAGCAAUGAGAUAUUCAGCGCUUCAACCUAAAGAGUUAAUACCAAACGCUUUUAAACUUUUGGAUUUAGUAUUAAGAUGUCAUGAAGUAGACAAAGAAUUAUGUGAGCCUACUUUGACUCUAACUGUUCUAGAAGAACUUUUAGAAACCCAACCAAUGGAAGUUUGUGAAACAUUAUAUCAAUUCUUGGAGACAAAUAAACAAAGAUUGCUAGUGGAUUUAAAACCGACACAAGGCAAAGGAUUGGUUCUUUUAAGGCUGUCUAAUGAGCUUAUUCGCAGAGCAUCAAAAUCUAACCACAAUGCAUUCCGUGGAAGAGUCUUAAUAUUUUUAUCAAAUUCCUAUGCUCUUGGUGAACGAUCUGGUGUAAAUGUUCGUGGAGAAUGUAAUGUUGAAAACGUAACUAGCUACAAUGCAUCGCAGGAGGGUGAAAAGGCUGAAUUUUAUAAAACCUUUUGGAAUCUUCAGACUUAUUUUAAUAAUCCACCUAAAAUUUUCGAUGGGAAUAAUUUAAAUGUAGUUCUCGAAAAAAUGGACAUAGUCUUAAGCCAAUUCAGUGAAAUUGUGACCAAUGAAAAAGAAAAGGCCGUUGUAGAAAAUAAAGUAAAUUCUAUGGAAAUUGAUGGCGAUGGUGAUAUUUUGAUGUCAAAGAAUGGAAAUAACUAUAAUAUUUCAACUAAACGAAAACAUAAUGAGACUGAAGAUAGUUUAGAAGAAACAAUAAGUUCUUCAAAAGAUUAUGUCAAAUAUUUUCCCAAAUAUUUGACUAGUUAUGCAUUGUUUGACAAGGAGAUAUCAGAUCCAAAUUUCCGUCGUAUAGUCCUAUUUCAAUUUCUUAUAAUAUUGCAAUAUUUUACAGGUUUUUAUGCUGAAGAACGCGCUCGUAUUGAAGAAACAAGAGCAAAAUACAAUAAUGCGAAUGCUGUACAACUCCCUAAUUUCACAAUAACCGAACAACAGCAAAAGAUAAUACAAGAAACUUGGAAUAGAAUAAUCAAAUUGAGUACUUUAGAAGGAAGUAAAUUCACUACUACGUUACUACACAUACUUAAUAUGGAAAAAAGAUGGAACCAUUGGAAGUUUGGUCAAAAUUGCGAAAGUGUGGCAAAAAAAUUUAUUGAAAAAUUAUCUGAUGACGAUAGGCAACCAAAGCCCCUCUCUAAGUUUGAUGCAGCACGAGAAAAGAGGAUGAAAUUGUGUAAGAAUUUGGAACCUAUGAAAUGGAAAAUGGGCACUCCACAUCUGACCAAGCUUUGGACAAAUACAAUGAAAGUUAGUGAUGAUAACAUAUUAUCUGAUUCAACCAGAAAGAGGACUGCACCUACUUUUCAAGAAGUUUACCAGAAAAUUAAAGAUGAUGGUUAUCCACCGGAAAAUGGUAUGACAUUUGAUGAAAACGACUAUGAUGAGUUUAGUAAAGAAGAAAAAGAAAAGGGCUGGAUGCAAAAAUGGUUCGCUUUGCGAGCUGCCAGGGAUAAUUACUUGUUACAUUUUAAUAAGCCAGCCAAAAAAGAUGCUAAAGAGCUGAAAGACCCGAAAGUUGCUAGUGCGUUGAAAGAAGCAGAAGACAGCAAAGAUGAAAUUGCCGUCUUGAAUAUUCUAAUUACCGAAAAUCCGACAUGUAGCAGUGGUACCAGUAGUAAGAAGCAACCACUGGCUGAUCCUGAUAAUACACAUGAUCAUAAAAAUGGUGUAAAUGAACAGAAGAACAGUGAAUAUAAAAAUGGAGAGUAUAAGAAUGGAGAUCAUAACAAUCCUCAUGUAGAACAAAAAAAUGGAGAACAAAAAAACGGAGAACAGAAAAAUGGAGAACAAAAAAACGGCGACACGAAGAAUGACGACAAUAAGUAA